UACUUGCCAUCAAAAAAUGAAAUUGAAGUAAAGAUGUAUACCUUCUUCACACAUAUAUCAUAACGACAAUCAAACAUCAUUAAAUUUAAUCUGAAGGAUUGAAGGAAUUAUCUAAAAACAGUUUUGAAUUUAUUUAAAAACUGAAGACUAUGGCUAAGCUUUCUGGAGAGAGCAUCAACAUCAAACAUUGCCUUACCAUCUUCCUCUUCCUAAUAAUUUUGACGAUUGUUUGUUUCUUGACAGGAGGAUUUAGUUCUACCAACUACAGUUUUGAUCCUUAUAAAGCUUAUGGAAAAUGGCCGACAAUUAUUUUAUAUAUAAUGAGAUACAUAACAUUGAUACAUUUGCCGAUUGUUAUAUGCAACUUUUUAGGAAUAGUCAUGUUCAACACACAUCCAUCAAAGCCCAAACUUAAAACAUCCCCAAUGUCUUUACCGUCCAUCUGUUUCAGAGUUGUGACAAAAGGUAAAUAUCCACAUCUUGUGAAUCGAACUGUUGACAAAAAUAUCAAAACAUGCUUAGAGGUAGGAUUGCAUCAUUAUCAGUUUGAAAUUGUAACCGAUUCUCCAAUAGGCUUACCAAAUAAUAGUUGUAUCCGUGAAGUAGUCGUUCCAUCCACAUAUUCCACUACAAAUGGUAGCCUCUACAAAGCAAGAGCCUUACAAUUCGCAUUAGAAGAUGAAGUUAAUAUACUAUCGGACAAUGACUGGAUAGUUCAUCUGGAUGAGGAGACAGUAUUAACCGAAUCAUCUGUAAUAGGGAUAGCUAAUUUCAUUCAUGAUGAUAUAUAUUCAUUUGGUCAGGGAGUAAUCAUCUAUACAAAAGAAGAAAUUGUGUGCUGGAUAACUACCCUAGCAGAUUUAGUACGCAUCGGAACUGACUAUGGAAGAUACCGAUUCUGCUUUAAAUGUUUACAUAGGCCAAUAUUGGGGACCAAGGGGAGUUUCUUAGUUGUGAAAGCAUCAGUUGAACUAAACGUUACCUUUGAUUUUGGUGUUGAUGGUAGUUUAACGGAAGAUUGUUUCUUUGCAUUGAAAGCCUGGAUGAGAGGUUAUACAUGUGGAUUCAUCGAGGGAGAAAUGUGGGAGAAGAGUCCCUUUUCACCAAAAGACUUUGUUCUACAAAGAAAACGUUGGAUUCAGGGACACUUGAAGACAUUAUUUUGCAAGACUAUUCCUAUGAGAUAUAAACUUGGAAUAUUCUUCAUAGUGCUUAGUUACUUUACCAUUUUGCUUUCAAUACCAAACAUGGUCCUUGUUCCGCUUAUCCCGUUACCAAUACCACAAACUGUAUCCUAUUUGUCUGGUUUCACUGGCGGUGUGAUGGCAUUUUUAUAUGUAUUCGGAUGUAUUAAGUCAUUCGACUACAGACGUUUAGGCUUAUUCAAAUUUAUCUUUCUUUGUAUUUUACCAAUUUUACUACUCCCUGUUUUUAUAACAAUGGAAUAUUGUGCGGUUGUUUUAGCUUUUCUAACAUCCGGAGGCUUUCACAUUGUUGAAAAAGAGUUGCCAAAACAAUUACUCAUCUAAGUUUAAUUUUCAUAAAUAUUAAUAUGUUAUUUCUUGCAGAAAACUUUUGCAUGCAUGAAAAAUUAAAGCAGAGGCAGCAAUAGACAAAACAACACUGUGCCAACUCCAAAAUCAGGAAAACAGUAUACGGGUAAACUUAUCAAUCCGUUAAAUAAACUCAUUCUAAAAGGUUACCAAUUCAACACUGUAAUUAGAUCUUUGAAUAUUGCUUUUACUGGUAUAAAUAAUGUCGAUACCUUUAUUUUGGCAUGAAACAAGGUCAUGUUUUUCUCUGACUGUUAAUGACGUCUUUACACUAAAUCCAUUGUAUGUUGGAUGUGUACUGAUUGAUAUUUUAGUCCUGGUUUAAGGUUUGUUUUUCAUUAGUUGUUAUUGACUUUGAACUAGCUAUCAGUAACUGCGAGUACUCUCAGAUCGGUACUUAGAGUCCUUUUUGUUGUUAGGGAUGAUGGAUGGAUAAAUAUACCCUGCCACGUCCGGUCUGUGUUUAUGUUUGAUGUUUUUUCUGCUUUGUAUCGAUCUAAUGAGUUAAGCCUUUUUCAACUGAUUUUUAUAAUUUGUUUUUAUGUUGUGCUGUUACACCACUGUCUCAGGUUAGGGGGAAGGUUGAGCUCUCACAAACAUGUUUAACUCCGCCACAUUCUUAAUGUGCCUGUCCCGAGUCAGGAGCCUGUAGUUUAGUGGUUGUCGUUUGUUCAUGUCUGUCAGAUUUAUUUUUCGUAAAUUGUUUUGUUAUAAAUUAGGCCGUUAGUUUUCAAAAUUGAAUUGUUUCAUAUUUUUAUGUCGGGGGCUUUUAUAGCCGAUUAUACGGUAUGGGUUUUUCUCAUUGUUGAAGGCCGUACGGUUGCCUAUAAAUGCUUGCAUCUACUUUAUUUGAACUUUGGUGGAUAGUUGUCUCAUUGGAAAUCAUACCUCAUCUCCUUGUUUUUAUAAAGACAAUUGUUUUCUUAUUCAUACAGGGGCCUCGGUGGCCGAGUGGUCUAAGUAGACAAAGUACUGUAUCAAUAGCCAGUCAACACUGAUAUUGUGAGUUCGAAUCCCGCACGGGGCAGGUGCAUUCGACUCCAAUCUUAGUUGACUAGGAUUGUCAGUUUUCCUACCGAUGGUUGGUGGUUUUCUCCGGCUUCCUCCACCAAUAAAAAUUGACCGCCACGAAAUAGCACAAUAGUGUUGAAAGUGGCGUUAAACACCAAUCAAUCAACCAAUCAAUCUUAUUCAUACGAUAUGUAUGCAGUCAUUAGACUCACUCCUAGUUCUUAGUGGAGUCCGGGUAGCUCAAUAUUAACUUUUGUGUGUGGGUGUUUUAUUCUAUCGCAAUUAACUUUGAAAAUAAAUAUCUAAAUUUACAUCUAGUAUCUGUAUUUCAUCUGUAAUAUCUGUCUGCUGUGAUGGUAGCAGUUUGUUCCGACAACGUCUGCAAAUAGCUGAAAGGUAAAACGUUACCAAAUUAGUAAUGUUAAUCUACAAUAUAGUUAUA